AUGAUGUACGUGUCGGGCGAAACGGGCGAGGCACCAGUGGAAACAACGAGCAUCAUCGAGGACAUCGUGCGCCAGCAGGUAAUUGAGUUGCUUCGCAACUGUACCGAACUCGCCUCUCGACGUGGAUCCAAGUCCAUCAGCACAAACGAUCUCAUCUUUCAGAUCCGCCACGACCAGGCCAAGGUCUCCCGUCUCCGCACCUUUCUCUCGUGGAAAGAUGUGCGAAAAAACGUCAAGGACUCGGACGACAAGGGGGCCGACGCCGACCUUGCGGCAGGCGACGACUCGGUCGGCGGCGUCGUCGGCGGCGGCGGCCCGGUGGAUGAGGCGGCGAAGAAGAACAAGAAGGCCAAGGUCGGCCUGCCCUGGGAGCCGGCCUCGUUUUUCGCCGUCGAGGUACCCGAGCGAGACGAUGAGGAUGACGAGGAGGAGGACGAGAUGAACUACAUGACCCUCCAGCGACUGCGCAAGGCCGACGAGCGCACCAAGGUAAUGACGCGCGAGGAGUACGUCACCUGGUCGGAAUACCGGCAGGCAUCCUUCACCUGGCGCAAGGGCAAGCGAUUCCGCGAGUGGGCAGGGUUCGGCAUCGUCACGGACAGCAAACCUUCGGACGACAUUGUCGACAUCCUCGGCUUCCUAACCUUUGAGAUGGUCGCCACCCUCACCGAGGUGGCCCUGAAGGUGAAGGAACAGGAAGACCUGGCGCGCGCGCAGAGCGGCGCCGGCGACUCCGGCACCAAGAAAAGAAAGCAUCAGCAGGCCCUCUUCGACCCACCCAGCGAGGGCAAGACGCCGGUAGAACCGCGCCACGUGCAGGAGGCCUUCCGGCGCUUCCAGCAGCGGCCCAAGAAGCUGCGGGCGAUGCUUAACGGAACCAGGCAGACUUACCACUCGGCGCUCAACAUCAUCUGA